UAUAUUCAUACUUGCUCUUGAUGUGCCUUUCCCAUUCCCUGUUUUCUUUGUUUGUCGGUCAAAGAACAGCAGUCCCCAGAGCGUGAAGACGUUCUGUCCCGGUGCACGGAUGGUCCGGCAGAUAACAAAGAGACAUGGACCACGCAAGCUUCGGCGUGUCUAGCUCCCGUCCGCGGGAACCGCUCCGUCCCUAAACCAAAGCGUCACUCAUGAGUAGACGUGGUGGUGGCAACUCUACGAUUUUUUAGAAAAUUACGAAGACGAAGACGACACACAGACCCUCUCUUGAGCGUGUUUGACGCGGGACACGGCUCCGAGCGAUGUCGUCAAACAAACCGACGAAGGGCGUCUCGGGCGCCAAGUUGCCCCCGGUACGGAAGGUCUCGCUGGACCAGGGACCAACGAACAUGAUCGCAAAGAACAAAAAAGCCCUGAGCGGAAUCAGGGUUGGUGACAGUGCGGCCUCUUCGUCCACAAGGUAAUCGAAUUUUUGUUACUCAAGUUUGUCUUCUCAGAUACAGAGCCUCCUGACUCGGAUUUUUUGUCCGCAUGAAUCUUCUACAGAAGUUAGUGGGUCUCUUUUGUUUUAGAUUCCUAAAACAUUCUAGGCCACCGGUCCGCAAGACCAGCUCGCCCCCGAAACGACGGCGGGGUAGGGAAUGCUUUCUCGAUACUUGGAUGGAAGGAACCAAGGGUGAUCAUAUCGCGAGCUACAACGAGAUGCAGGCUCCACUUUUUGUUGGUGUGUCGAACCUUUACCACGCUAGAUCGCCGUCAAAAGCCAAAGUCAGGCGACUCAAAAGUUUGGAUGAUUCGGUACGACUGUGUUUUGAAUCACCAUGGGUAGUCCUGUGCUUGUCGUACUAAGAUGUUCGCUACGAAAUUCUUCAUUUUGUUCAGAAUAAUGUACGGACAUCAACUUUUUCGAGAGCAAUCUGUGUGUCAAUAAUAUAACAUCAGGCCACAACGCGCCGGGCGACGAACUUACAAGACGAACUUGUUUCUGAGCUGCGAAGUAUCGACGAGAACUUGGUGUCGGGAUACUGCGCGCGAGGUGCAUCCGCAGAAGCAAAAGCUGGCGGUGGCGGGCUAGGUGACGCAUCCAAUAGGCCAUCCGUUCUCGAUCGAAUACAAGACAUCGUGAAGCAUGUAAGAGCUGAAACCUACGAUUUAGAGGACGUGCAUGCAGCAGAGCUGUUACCUAUCAUCGAGGAGCACGUGGAGCAAUUAGACCCGCAUUUGCUCUUCGGAAGUCCGAGCGACGGAAGUGCUACACCACCCGACUCUGAGACGUUGGAACGGAAAAAACGCGCAUUAGUCGGUCUGUUGCAGUCUGUUGCGCUUGGCGCGGCUGCGGGGCAUGAGACGCUUGAGGAGGGCGAGCUGGUCGGAGGAAGCUGUGAGUUCGAGUUUUCAGCCCGCAGGCCGCCAAAGAUGACCUACAGCGACCAAGCAACAAGAGUUGGACAACAGCGACGCGCCCUCGUACAACACCCAUUUGGUGCAGCGCAACCACCGUUCGGUACUGUGGACGAGUCUGGGCUAGCAGCGACGAUGCCAAGUGGUGGGCUAGGGCGCGCGGCUUUUCCUGCGAUAGAAGAGCAUCCAGCGAGCACGGACGGCUACGGGAGGCCGAUACUAAGCGGAGCGCAAGUCGAGCUUGAGGGUGGGCAUAAUGGGAUGGCAGGCGCAGCGAGGAGCACCAGUCCUGCUGCAAGUCGACACCAUGGACGGCCGGUCGCGCCAAUCGCCACAGGCGACGAUGAUGCUUCACCGCGUCGCGGAGGGUCGUCGCAGAAAGGGUCGCCGAAGAGAGGCUCGCCUCGUGCGCCGUGGAGGCCGGGUGGGGGAUCGCCAUCUACACAGCGCUCGCCGAAAAGUCCAAAAAGAACAGAGCCGUACUUAGACGGCGAUGUAAUUGUAACUCCGAUCGGAGCAUACGUAAAACCUCUGCCAACUCUGGGUAAGGAGCAGGACGGAGCGUGGGCAGGCGAGAUGAGCAAGGCGCAAACGGAAAGGGUACUGCUGCAAGCAGAAGUUCCUGUCUCAAGACAGGUAAUAGAGAGAGGCGGAAAAACUGUAGGUGAACGGCCCCCACACUCCUCGCAAUCGGCGAAAGAAGCCGAGCUACAUGAGAUGAUGAUAGCUCUGCGAGAUCAGGCCAUGCAACUGGUGGCAGACGAACUAGACCCUAUGCGCACCACCAGCCGCGAAGUCCAUGUCGGAAGCAAAGACGCGCCGCACUUACCUGACGUGUCGGGUAGCGCGGCGCAGAGCCAGGACCGCCAAGUUUUUAACGGAGCGCAAGUCGCGGUCUCGGGCGACGACGGCGGUGGGACUGAUCCUUUCGUUCAAACACCUGGCGCGUGGGUGGCCCGAACGCAAGAGCAGGCUCCGCUAGACCCCCUUGCAGGCGCCAAAAAGCCGAGCUCACCGCAAAAAUUACGGAGACAGGCGUUGGAGUUGGAGGACGAGGAGCUUCACAUUCGAGAACCGAAGGAUAAGGCUGUGUCAGAUGCUGCGCAGCUCGUCUUACGUGCAGACGAGGAUGACCUGAGGCAGACUGUGUCGCCCCGAGCUGGAGCUGGUAUGGCGAGUCAUGUCUUCGAACGGCCUCCAGGAGGAAGUCGGGGCCACAUGGCCAGUCGUGGCGAAAGUAGCGCGGACGAGAAGGAUGUGCUUUUUGCCCCGCGGCGCUCGCAGGAACGAUUCGGGGUUGCCUCAUCGAAGCUGCAGCACUCAACGUCAGAGCGUCUGCGCUCGGCACCGGCAGAUCCUAACCCGGACAUGCGACGAUUAUUAGACGAAGUGCGACAAGAAACGGCGCCUGGAUGGCAACGCCGGAAGCAUAAGAGGUCCGGACUUUCGCCUCGUGAGCAGCGACUGCGGCAAGAGCGUGACGCGGGGGCCGUGUCUCCUUCCGGAGAGGGUGGUCUUGGCGGCGCGAGUGAGAGUCCUGCGUUUGCUAUGAUUUCGGACGUUUUGGCAGACAGUGGAAACCCAGCAAGCCAUUCGGCAGCAGAAGGGCCUCUCUCCGUCUCAGGAGGGUCGAACCUGCUCCCCGGUGGUGGGCCUGGUAUAGCUAACCGAGAAGGCUUGCUACAAACACCACAGCCCGGAUUGGGCUUCUUGCCGUCAACUCAGCAGAAGAGCUUUCAGAGCGUCAUCUCGCCUCGUUCAGAUGCCGCUGGCGGUGAUCCCUUUCAAGGUCUACUCCGAAAAGGCCAAAAGUACGAUGAACUUUUUGGUGGGCAUACGCAGUCAAGUUUGCUUCAGCCGAGCAUAAUAUCUAGGUAUAUUUUGCUGUUUCUUUUGCUAGUACCUGUAGUACAUCGUGACCCGUUAGAGUGUGCUAGAUUUUGGAGGAUGCGCCAUGAAUUGUUUUUCGCUUCGCUCAAAAAGUAGCUAGAAGCUUGGAUGAAUCACAAGUGGACGAUGAAUGUCGACUCUUCUCUUCACAUAUUGACGAUAGAAAAAAUUAAUUUCAGUGUCGAAGAGCCUAGCGCGAUGUGGGACACGAAUAGAGUGUCAGCCUUGGAUACUAGAAAUUCGUUCCUCGUUUCGCGAAAAGACUUACAGAAGAGUGCUUUUCUGGGGCGAGGAAACAAAACUUUGGCAGACAAGAGUGGAGCAACGGAUUUUGCAGAAGAGGACUACCUUUGCGAGAUGCUGCCUUCUGAAGAGCUAGAGGGCAUCGUUGGGUUUCGGAGAAGAGCUAUGACGCAGUCAGGAAUACACCCCCCAAUCUGCGGCUGCUUUAAGUGCUAUCAAAAGGUACUGGCCACUUUAAUUGCACGAGCAUGCUGUUUCAAGAGGAUAGUAGAUAGACACGUUUCUUUUCGUUUUUGUUCAGUCUGCAUCACAAUCCCAAAAUAUUUCUUGAAUAAAAUUUUUAUCGUCCAGAUGCGAUACGAUGGAGAUCAUUUGCAGAGCCGGUUUUUUCGACCGCGACCUGCAAAAGCACUCAAGCACGACGACGAUGUUAAACGGCUUAGUCAAAUGUCACCAAGGUCUUUGUCGAAAGCCACGACUGCGACCGGUGGUGACGGUCGAGUCCACCUUCUGUCUGGCUCUAUCACUUCGCUCUCGCACUCGGACGCGUCGCCCUCGGUCACUCUGAGACAGCGGUCAGUAGUUGCCAGCACGAGGCAGCGUCGCUUCUUUGUCCCUCAGAGCCCGGGAUCAGAUCCAGGAGCAGAGGCGGCCAGUCCGGGAUCAGGCACCGGCGACGACGACCAGGAAGCUGCGGCACGCAAUGCAAGGAUGGGAAUGUCAGGUUCGGGCCAAAGCCGAGGGCGCAGAAGAAGAGGUGGUACUGGUGCAUCUUUUGAGGAGGACGAUUUGAGGCGCUCGCGCCGCCGCGGACGCGGUGCCAGAAGACGCACUUCUUCGCGGCGAAAGCAUCGGUCGGAAAGCCCGUGGCAUGACUCAGGGGGAGACACUUCGACCACCCUCGCACUUCGGGAUCAGUCUGAAGCAGAUGAUGAAGGUGGUCACGGUUCGCGCAAUCGGUUCAAGAACUCCGACGCGGUCGGCGCGGAUGAUAUUCGUGCGAUUCGCGACAAGCAGCAGCAGCGGGCGGAUGACGCGAAAACUUUGGUAUGUUGAGCUACUGAAACUUCAUUGGCAAAUGUGUGAGAAAUCUUCUUCAACAUGUCGGUCAUGUGCAAGUGAUUUUUUCUUAAAUCUUGCUGCCUAUCUCCCCGAAAGAAAAUGCGAGAACAGCGAUUAGUGUUGAAACAAUAGUUACCCAGGUUCCACAUGUUGGGCAUGCAGGUGCGGGAGCAUCACAGGGUAGCAGUGUCGCUGUGAGCCGGAAAGCCAGUCCGAAGGGGCGGUUUCUCUCUGGGCAAACGAAUGCAUCCGACAUGCCUGAGGAGCGCUCCGUGUUGGAGCGGGGUUUGGAACGUCUGAAAGACACAGAUGAUACGGGUGGUGCUAUCGCUAAAAGCUGGAAGAAGUCGCAGAAAAGGGUCAAGCGCAUGUACGAGGAAGACUAUGGAUCAUGCGUACUGCCUCUGAUUUUGUAGUUUGUAGUUGCUGAAGGAGUAAACUCUGUGAUGUCUUUGCGCAUUUUGAAGCAUUUUGUAUGACGCACUGGAUGAGUCAACAGCAGUGUGCCAUUGGGUACUGCUAUUCUUAUGUGAAAUACUUGGCUAUCGUUUCUGGUGAAAACCACUUCAGGUGGCGCAGCAAGUGGUGAGCAUGGGUCCCGCGGAGAGCCUUGCUUCAAUGAUAAAGCGAUUCGAGAAACCGUCUGCUUCACGACCCGCUUCACCCCAAAGCAGCAGGCAACUCAUGCUCACUGCCGGUGACAGCAUGGAAAGUGUGCUGGCGGAGCAGAGACGCGACGCGGAGAGGAUACGUAAUUUUGCGCUAGGGGACGAGUCCGAUUCAGACAAAGAGAUGAGCGCAUACAUGCGCAUGAAGCGAAAAAAGGCUAAGGGGAGUGGAGGGUACUUACUAUCUUGGCUACGCUGAUUAUUUUCUUGUCACUUUACUGGGUUCAUGCAACAAAUCUCAGACGGUUAUUUGUGAUCGUUCUAGAAUUUCUUUACCAGGCUGCUGGCUGAACCGCUUCCUUUUGCUGAGGAGUUCGCAAUGGGAACUGGCUGGGCUAGGAAUUUGCGCAAUGUGCAACCGGCCGGAUCCUCAAAAGAACGCGAGGAAAAGCAGGAACGCGCACGAGCACUCGAGGACUUGCUUGCAGGCCGCGAGCGACAAAAGGUAUUUCGAAAAGUUUCAGGGUCAGGACUUGCGUAUGAUUUUUCCGUCUUCGAAACAAAGUUACUGCUCUCUCAAAAGUUGUAUCAGUCGUCCUAGAACUACCGGAAUCAAUCAUAGAUGAACUUUGUCUAGAGACGCUAUUCAACAUCUUUCUGCGAUGGAUAAUCAUUAUUUUCACAUAGUACUGAAUCUCCUCCGCAGAUCUCUGAGAAAGAGUUGGAUCGUUUCAUUUCUGUCCUACGUACCCAAGUGUUGCGUGAGAUGGAGAUACUCCAGUUUCGGGAACACAGUGUACGGACCUUCUUGCAUGAGUGGCUCGAGGAAAACUGGCAGGACCCGAAUCUCUACACUUUGAAGGAGUUCUAUGAAUCCGCAGCGGAGAAAUUAGGCCGCUUUCUGCGUGAAAACGAAAUACUCUUCGGUUCCCAAACGCUCGAGGAGAACAGCGUUUUUCCGGUACUGCAAAGUGUCAAGGACAACGACAAAAUGCGUAAUGCUAUGGAGUUCUCGUUUAUAGCAGCGAAGAAGCAGUCGGCGGACUACGAGCCGGACUCGCCACUCCCAUCAGAUGGCGAAACCGGUUUCGGUGCAUCGUUUGGAGGUCCAAGAAAUGCGGUGGAUCCCUUUCCGAACUAUCCUGACCCAAUCUUUGCGUUGGUCUUAGCGAUGGAAAAAGCGCGACCGCUCGCUCGGAAGGAGUUUCGACGGGAACAGAUCAACAGGAGAAUGGAAAAGUCAGGUCCAAAACCGGUCAUGCCGCACGUCAUUCCUCCGUCAGUGUCCACGGAGGGCGACUUCGUCGAACCCCCGCCAAGCGUGAGCACUCUCGAUGCGAUCAUAUCCGAUUCUCAGCACACGACGAGCUCGAGCAAUGAAGCCAAUGGUUCUGCUGCGCAAAAUGCAGUUCGGGCUGGUGGCGCAAAAAUUGACUUCAGCAGUUUGGUCGAACCGCACAGAAUCGACUACCAGAUCAACGAGCACGAGCGGCAUUUGAACGGCAUGCUAAGCAGUGCAGGAAUAGAUGCGAGGCAUUCACGGCGACCGCUUUUCGUGUCAAACGAAUGGCUGUCGAGACGUGCAAAGCACGAAGGCUUGCCUUCGAAAAACGUCGAAGACCUCUACCGUGCCGUAUUUUGGUGUGAUCGUGUUGCGAAAGAGACGAACUUGCUGAAGCCAACUGUGAAGCAGCGGUUACGACAGGCUCCCAAAAGUUCGGGUGGUACUACUACCACUGUCGAAGACGAUCCACUUGGGAUGAGCGCCUUCAAGCCAGUGGAGGAGGCUGUCAUUGCAGCGCUCGCGUCUCCAUCGAAGGAGAAACGCGGUCGUGCGACCAAGCCUUCGAAGGAGCAGAAAGGAUCGGCGAAAAAGACAAAGGGUAAGGAGAGUGGUGGCUCGGCAAGCGAGAAGGAAUCCCCUAGUAAACGCGGUCGGGGUACCCCAAGAAGCGGGAGUCUUUUAGGGGUGGCAAAAAAGAAGGUGCUGAAAGGAGGGACCGCAGCCAUGCUGGCACUAGCGCCAAGUCCAGCGCGACGGCGCGGCGGGUCGUCGCCGGGCUCCGCUGCUGGGUUUGUUCCCGAGUGUCAGGCAUUGCUCCGGCCGCAGCGCAUAGCCCCUAUUCUUCCGCCUUCUAGUUGCAGCCGACUCCAGUUGAUGGAGGCGUACCACUACCUGUGCGCCUACGCGAGUUGGCCGAAGCUUAAUCCGUCAGAAAAAGGCGAUGGCGGCGACCGAGCAGCGGCAGAGCAAGCGCGGAUGCAAGCACGCCGCAAGAAAAGCGACAAUGGAGAAGGCGACACGUCAGGCGUACCGGCGAAGGGUGGCGACGCGCAAGAUCCUGCGGUGAUAGCAGCGCAGCGCCAGGCACGGCAGGCGAAGCGAAUGAUCACUAUGAAGGAAGAACUCUCGAUGAGGCAGUGGGUCACGUACCUCAAGAAGUCAUGUGGAAAUAAGUCAACGCUGCGUGAUAGAAUGCGCGAGUUUGGUCGGAAAUACGCGGUACUCAACAAAGAAACCUACGCGGCGAGUUUGCCUGUAGCAACACGUGUAAAGAUAAAGAAUGCUAGCGAGUGGCUUAUUGUCGGCGUCCAGAGGCUCGUCGCAUUUCGAGGUACAACACAAAUAGUUUUCUCGCUUUCUUGAUUGAACAGGCGCAGGUGAAACUAUUGCUUAGUGUGAUUAUACUGACUGUCUUUUGUCCAUAGGUUUUUUUUCAUAGAAGACGCGCUGCAACCGCAAAAAGGCCUUUGUGCGAAUCUCCUGCACUCUCUCAUCAUGAAUUACAAUUCUGCAGGCAUGGGCAUGACGGGCGUCACUCAGUGGACGGUUGCAGAGCGGGGGAAGAAAAACUCGCUGGUAACGAUGGUAUUGCGUGUUGAAGGUGACCAGGAGGCUUUGAAGCAACUUCCACGUCGACGGCUCAAGAGACGGACAGCGAGAUUUGGCGAUAGCAGGGAUCGCGCACGGGUAUUCACAAUGCCACUGUUCCAGGCUGAACGUUGAAGACUUGUAGACGAUGAUUUAUUUUUCCGACUCACUUUGCGGAAUUCAUAAUGUGGAUCCGAAGAUAGAGGAUGAGUUUGUGCACUAGUUGGCGAAUAAUUUCAAUUUUUCACCACGACAAAUCUUCAGGGAUUCAAAGAGCUGCUGCAGGAGACACAGACGGACUCGAGGCGUAAUGGCUCAAUCGCGGCUAGUAUGGCAUCCCCACGCGGGGAAAAGGCUGCGUCUCCGGAUCCGCAUAACGGGCAUUCAUCCGGAGACGCUGAGCGACCUGGAUCUGCCGUCACGGCGGCUAGUGUUGGGUCGCGAGCUAGUGACGUGCUGUUACACGGGAACACCGGGGUACCCUUAGGUGGUGACGUCGAUUCCGUGCUUCUAGUCGAGGACGAGCAUGAAAAGCGGCGGCGGAAGAAGCUGGUUGCGCAGGCGAAGAAGCCGGCCUUCGACAACUACUUGACGCACAAGCAACGGAAAUUUCUGCGGGCGGAAAGUAAGCACCGGUACGAGGCGUACGAAACUGUGAAGUACCGACGAGACAUGCCGCAGGACGGACAGGGUAAAAACUUCUUUCUGCACACGCUUCCAACGCUACGCGACGAUCUUUCUGAAAACAGCGACACCGCAGAGAAUGCCUAUCUGGACGAGAGCGUUCCGGAUGUCAGAUGGCCUCGGUCGGACACGGGGCUCGUCCUGCAAACGCGUGCUUCCCAGAAGCGGCGAUCUAAGGAUAAUCGCUUCUACGAGAGUGGACUAGAUGUGGAAGGAUCGGCGCGAAAGCGACGGAGACUGCCAAAGUACGGAGGUGGCGUGGACUACGCGUGGACGCAGCGUCCAGACUGGCCCAACGACACGAGAGCCCUCUUUUUUGGAGACGAUUAUCGGCCGAAAGAGCUGGGAGACUUGUCCUCCUCCUCCUCUUCCGCGGCCACAUCCAGCAACGAGGAGGAAAACGACAAUAGAGACGUAGUAUCGAAGGCAGACAGUGGUCAGGUGCGCACGAAGAAAGCGAAGAAAGCUGUUGUGGUGGAAAUCGACAACAUGCGGCCACCGGAGCUGCCCACCAGAGUUGUGGUUCUUUGGAACCGAUUGAAUUUACGCACCGCGCGUCCGGAACACUACCUCUACAGUCCGUCGGCAGGAGGACCCCUGAAGUGGAAGCGCACGCUCGAAAAAAUGUGGGUCUUGCGGCAAGCAGAGAUCUUCGGACAGUAUCAUGCAUUGAUGCUGCAGCAGGCGGAGCAGAUGGGCACAACACUAGCGGAGGCAACGAACCCGGAGAAGCGCAACAAGUUCGAAACCACGACAACUUCCGGUAGCGACACUGGAGGGGUGAAAAGGCCAAAAGAAAAUGGAGUAGCGAAUGGCGGGGCUGGCCCCAGUCCGAGACGGCGACGGAAUGUAACUGUGGCAGAAAAAGUGGCUGCAAAAUUGAGAGAGCGCCUUUUCGCAGAAGACGAAGGUAACUACACACCGCGUGGGAUCCAUCAGCGCAUGAGCAACGAAGAAGUGCACGAUUCCAUUUCUAACCUUGCGUUCAUGAGUGUGGGCGUCGCCGGUGCGCCGAAGCCACCCGCUAAUCUGAAUGUGGAGGCAGAACUUGAAGCUGGAGACGAUCUUAUGUUACAAGGCUGCGUAGAAUUAUUGGUGACGUGUUAGUUUAAGAUACUGCUCACCCUGAUCAAUAAGGUAUUUCAUGAUAGACUUGAUCCCACGCAUUUUUUCUGCAACACGAAAUUUUUCGUUAGGAGUGGCUAGAGACCUUAGUCGCACUGUCACUCAAGUGGAAGAACGUGGACGCGAGUAGAAAAGGAAACUGGUGCUCUCGCAAUACUUCUUGGUUUCGUGAGUGGGUAGCCCAUCAUCCUCCAAGUGGGUGGAUGGUCGACGAUUGACUCUAGAAAUAUCUUCGAAAUUUUUCUUUGUGUAGUGGCAAGUCCUGCCAGUCCUGCGCCGGUUGUAUAUCCUUAAGUGGCGCUUUCUUCUAACGUCUUUGGCCAAACAGCGAGCACUGGCAUCGAGAAAGCUGGUGGAAAGGCGAAGGAAAGCAAAUUGAAAGAGGAGCACGAGAAGUCCGUGUGGGCGACGUCUGCGCACGACUUCGUGUUAAAGGCGAUAGGCACACCUGAGGCCAUGCUUGCUCACCGAGGAGUGACGCUGUUGCCGGCACAUGCAGGGCGUUUCGGAAAGGAGUUUCUUGACUGGUGGUUUGAGCAACGAGGCGAGGCGGCCGCAACGGCACUGUUUGGCGACGCAGACUUCAGAGUCCGCAUGAGGCAACAGCUAGCUCUCGAGGAUGCGGCAAAGAACGCAAAUAGCUUGCCGCAGCAAGACCCAAGGAAACGAGGUAACAAAGCGCCACCGGCAUCUCCGGAGAAAGCCGCUGCAAAGACGUUUCUUACUGAGGGCGAUGAUGGAGGGGGUGCGAGUCCGAAUUCUAGCCCCGGUGGAAACGGUAAGUCCAGCCCGAUCUCGAGAGGAAAAGGUUCUCCAGGUGCGCCGGAGGGAACUGCAGGAGGGAACGGAGAUGCGGCAACCGACGGCGCGACGGAAGGUGGAGAUGGUUCUCCGAAUGGCACUAAGGCAUACGGCAAGGCGUCGACGGAGGCGGGGACGCUUGCGCUUCCGGAUCCUAUCUGGAAUGGCAUGUGUGGUCUAGUGGGUCGGUUUCGGUUUGACCAGCAGCAUUUCUUCGAAGCGAGUGCAAGUGGGCGUGAGUUUGAUCCUAUCUUUGGAGGCCGGUACGGAAGUUCCAGCAGUUCAGCCGCCCAUUCGGGCUUGUCGAUGUCCGGCUCAAGUGACAACAAUGGAGCGAGUACCAUGAAGAGGCUGCGGGCGAAGCUAGACGGCGGUCAGGGGGAGGACGGCGGGCGCGACGUCUCGCAGUAUUUGGCACUCUCUGAUGCCAUGUAUCGUGCUAAGCGGUUCAUAUACCGCCUGACGCCUGCAGAAUUGCCGAGAGGCCCCUUGCUGAGUGUGUGGAGUCUGCACGACUGCUUUGUGCGGAGCAAUUUGCGUCAGGAACUCAAUGAUUGCAUUGAUUUCCGUCGUGAGUACGCUGCUAAGAGCCUCGCGCGAGCUGCGGGCGGGGCAGGCAAGGACAAGGAGAAGGACCCGAAGGCACAGGCGGAUAAGCGCAGGGAGAGCAAUAAGAACGUCGCCCCAGCGAAUGCCAGCGACGGACCCUCCACUAAGGACAAGAAGGCAGCUCUGCUCGGCACAGGAGCAGGGGCGCCAGCGAAAGGUCUUAGCUUGAAGCGUCUGGAACUGGCGCGAGGCAAAGACUUGUGGUUCGACAAAAUUCGCAUGCAAGGUCAGGACAAGAUGGAAGCUGCAGAGGGUGGCACGAUCGAGAGAUUAAAGUACGAGAUCAACGAGAUCUAUACCGCGCACGUUGGGCGAGCCUUCCGAACAGACGAAGCAGCUUUGUUCGAGAAGAAACACAAGAGCAAGAAGGGACACCGCAUUCUGAAAGAUGAUUCUUCCGUUUAUUCCGAGAGCAGUGUCGAUACUGACGACGGGUGGGAUGACGUGCGGCAGCGCGUGCGGUUCUCUCUGCCCGUAGAGGAUGAUAGCAGUGAUGAGGAAAUGUAUGAGCAGAGGUUCGCGAAUCCGAACCGUUCCAACUUUUUCGAGUCAGAACCCGAGGAUCUGCAGUACGUGGAGCUUCCUGAUGGGCGCAUGAAGAAGCGGAGGAGGGACAAGAGAGCCACAUUCUCGUCUCUGCUUGUCGGGGGAGCGCCAGGGGAAUUCCAUCUGGGUGGUGGACUAGUGGCCGCGCAGGGAACAGUUGUUUCGAUGCGGCAGUACCCGGCGACACUUCCUCCGGAGUUUAUCCCAGCGCCCGGCUCUGCUAGCGAGGAGGCCCGUGCUGAGUCGCAGAUGAAGCCCGCAUUCGUGGACGCGGACGGAAACCCCCUACCGGCUCUUGAGGACGUGACCGAGACAACGGACAAUGACGGCAGUUCUCGCCCCAAAACAGCAGCGACUUCUUCGAGUCAAGAGCAAGCCGCGCAGACAAGUAUCGCAGAAACAAUGGCUACAACCACAACCGAUACGCAGAGAGCGCAGUCCUCCGGCUCCGACUUGACCUCGUCCUCCUUUGAUACUUCCACAAGCGGGGAGCUAUCGAUGGAGGCUUGGGAGGAGAGCAAUUUACUCAGUUUUUGCUAUUCGGAAUCAGGGAAGGAGAUUUGGGAACGACAUAAAUCGCGUGAAAAAUUCCAGCGCGGCUACUUGCAGGUGAUUAAACUCAAGAGGAGACGGACUUUGCUUUAUCGUGCUUUUAGCUAUUGUGCGAGGGACCUGUUCAUGCUUGGCACCGGAAAGCUCGGCCUGGAAGAAUUUAUGGAAGGCCAGACUGGAUUUAUAAGCAGACGUUGAUAUGUUCAAAUGUUUCGUGUUAGAACUAUGUGAGUAAAGAUGCAACGGGCGUACGUAGAAGAGACGAUCACACGCAACGGAUGGAAAGGAAGAGCCUUCGUAACAGCACAUCACCCUUUUUUCCUCCUUCAUAUUCUUGUAUCUGUACGUCCUCUACGCGGUGGACAGAUUGAAGCCGAAGCUAAUUGAUCAUGACAAAUAUGAGGCUCAGUUUGAAUUUGAGAAGCACCCCUUCGAGCUGUACAGUCGUAACGCCAGCUGUUAUGAAAUCGUGAAGCUUGCGUUUGCUGGCCUAAAUCCAAUUAGUGCAGGCAUACCUGAUCUGUUCGUCGCGCCCGACGACAACAUGAUCGCUCCUGUGCGUGGACAGAGUCGACUAACACUUUCCCCCAUUGGCGUGCUGGAUGUCCUCAUGACCGUGGCGAAUUGUUUUGAUUGCGACGUGUCUGAUUUCCUCCACGAUAUGGAUCAUUCAGUCUUUGCGAUCGAGCAACAGAAAAGACUAGCGGCGCAGAAGCCAUCUAGCGCAGAGGCGGGUGACCAGCCGCUUCGACAGAGCCCCCCUUCUACAGGGAAGCUUGCGAACUUCUUGCAUGGCGGCAGUGCGACGUCCUCGGUAGUCGCGUCUGAAGGCGCAGAGCAACCAGCGGGUCAAAAGAGUGAGAAGAAUUCACCCGAGCGUGGAGGAUCAUCUCCUGGUGGAAGUUCACCGGGAGGGAGCGUGUACGGGCUGCCGACGUACGAAGAAGACUUCUUCCACACGCGCGCGGAGGAGCUUGAUGUCGUCACUCUGCGUCUAACCGGUGGAGUCACAAAAACGGACAAGCGCGACAACUCGCGUCGAAAGUCGUCCACGAGCACGAAUCGCAUUGAGGCGUCUACUAACAAGAAGAAGUACUUCUCGUAAUGGUAGUGCUGCGCUGGAGUGAUAAAGCAGUACAUCGGCAGUCACCAGGUGCGGUAACUACGCGCCGUCUAACGGUGCAGUCUCAAGGCACCACACAGAAUAUCGCAAAUGGCAUAGGGGCAUAAAGUGAUGCUAUGGCCCUCCGCAAGGAACUAGAAAGAUGUGCUGGGCAUACUAGUUUGCAUGCAGAGUGGUUUUGCUUUUGAGGAUACAGGCGUCUGCUGUUCGAUUAUAUUCUCCCCUAAGGACGUUCACAUGGGUAUGCUUUCUUCAGUCAAGUUCUAAAAAUCAAUCAAUUACAUGUAGCUGACGUUUCGCUGAACUCGGUGUAGAACACGCAUGAAUGAACUGUUGCUUUAUUUUCACUGACGAGUACCAUAAAUCCAUCAUAAAAACGUGAACUUACUUUUUCUUUUGGGUUGCGAAUUUGUUUGUAUAGUCAACGGAUUAGGAGUCGAGCUGGAACAGGCCUGCACAGAGACGCGUAGUAAAGAUUCAACUCGCGCUUAGGCUUGCUUGCGAGUGAUAACCGUCAUGGUCACAGUCGAGAAUUUAGGGUAUAAUGCUAGGUUUAGUCAAUGCAUGUCGCAAAUUGAUCAUAUUUGAGAGGUUGGGGCGUAGGUAUGAAAUUGACUGAAGUAGAGCCCGCGUGCCAGCUCUGUAGACACAAGAAGUGUGGAUGGGAGGUACACAAGCACCUUCUUCUUUUCUCAGAUUUUUUCCUCAAGUUUCGCAAAGCAUGACUCAAGGAUUGGUUAUCGGCCCUUGUUGGGAAAGUUUUAGGUUAUCCGAGCUUUUUUUGGACGCUUUCGAAGAUCGAAAUCUAAAUGAAUCGGCAAAAUAAAGCGAACGAAGAGCUAGAAGAGUCAGAAAGUCAAGAUUCUGCGGCCCGUGUGGGCUCAGGAGCAGAUUAUCUUCCUGAUGUCGGUGUUCGAUAUCUCAUUUCAACAGAAUAACAAAAAAGAACAUGAUUACAACCUUCAAGGCUUAAUCUUUUCCAAGGUAACGGCCUCUGACGACCAAAAAACUGAGACAUACGUAUGAUCUUUUAUGACAAAGACUGACAGCAUA